GUUUGCGCCGUUUAUCAAGGUUACUGCCCCGAUGUUAUUAAGUUAUGUGACUAGUGUUCAUUAGAGUCAUUUAGAUGGAAACUAGAAACAUAUGUUUCUAGUCUUCAUAUGAAGACUAUCAACUGGUAAUUUCAUAUGCUGCGCAUUUUGUGAAGAGUUCUUUUUCAGUUAAAGGGAAGAGAUAGUGUUCCGAAUAGUGAACAGAUAUGACGAAUCUAAAUUAGUCAAUCAGAGUUGACCAGACUAAAAAAGAUGAAAUAGUUAUUAUAUUCUUGAAAAAAGUGUUAGCAGGUCCGCCACUUAAAAAUCUUGUAUAGCUUUUGUUAUUAUUAGUAGACCCUAUUCAUCGAUCAUAAGUUCAUCACUGCCUACACAACCUACCACUCAUUGAAACUCGUCCGCCUUCAAGGGCCCCAAGACUGAAACUGUAUCAUUUUGUAACUUCCAGUUUUCUCUAGCCCCCAUAGCUUAUGGUGAAUCUUAUUUCUAAAAGUCAAAAAUGAGGGUAUUUUGAUUCCUGCAAAGGUUGACAGUUACCCCUGUUUCAAAAUUCUCAAUCAGCGCAACUUAGGAAUAUUGGCAUGAAAGAACUUAUGCUUUACAUCAUUUGAUGGAGAGUGAAUUUGGUAUUUUGUCUUCAGGUUAUGCCCCUAUGUGAUGAAUGGCGUCUGUUGGCGAUACACAGAUGCGGAAGCAACUUCGUGUUUGCAGGCGCCGUCAGAAACGCCAUUUAAAGUUGAAAAGAGGUGCCCGACUUUCUUCUAACAGAAACAAUUCAUUCAACAGCGUAGUUGAUUCGGAGGAAGUGUACGUUGUUGAAAGUAUCCGUGAUGAGAGGAUUAUUAAGGGACAAAAAUACUACAAGGUACGUUGGCAUGGUUUUCCUCCAGAGGCGGACAGUUGGGAACCGGAACAAAAUCUUACUAACCUUUUGGAUAUAAUUGCCAAUUUUCAUCGAUCAAAGGCGAAGACUCCCAAAAAUUUAGAUGUGCAAAAAGAGUAUCAAACUGGUUAUGAGAACUCCCCAGCUUCACUCCCAACUCCUCCCGCAACACCAAGCACGGCAGUCCACCAUUUACAUAGUCGAUUGAGAGGUGCUAGUGAAGAACGACAAGUAAAUAACUCCAUAAAACGCAAACACUGCACGAAAUCUCGAACUAGUGGGAGAUAUGAAUAUGUGCCAAAACACCAGUUGGUUGCCUUGAAGACAAAAUACUUUGAUGACAUUAGAGAUGGAAAAAUUGACUUGUGCUCAAAUGAUCUUUAUUCUCGCGUUAAAACUCGAAAGCGGUGUGCCGCUGAAUCUACCAGCAAUUCUGUCAGCAAUGAAUCUGCUCAGAGUCGAGGUGGUAGUCUUCAUGGGGAAAAUGAAUCGGAAUGCGAUGCUUCUAUGGAAACUUUUGCAUCAUGCUUUCCAAAACGCGAACCGGUGUCACCGUCAUUUUCGUGUUUUAAUAAUAGUGAAUGCUUCCCAGACUCUAAUUGCACACUUGAAACUAAUGAACAAGAACACACAAGUGUCUAUGCUGCAGAUAGUUCUGAUCAUCAUCAUCUUUCUGACAUUAAUAACAAUAUGGUUGGUUCAACCGAUGACAGAUUGCAUGAUACAGACAGAACUUCCAACACAGACAAUAAAGCCGUUCAGUCGGACAUUUUGAAUUCAGAAUCAAAAAGUAUAUCAUGUGAUCUCGGCUUUUACAAUUCUUUGAAUAAAAUAGAUGUGGGAUUAUCUCCAAUAUCUUUAAGUCCUGUGGAUGAAGAAGCUUUUCAGAAGUCGGAGCAAGAAGUGACUCCUACAUCUGCUAUCAAGGAACAAAUAGAGCAGCUCCAUAACACUAAUAAUCACUCUCAAGGACGAAGCGUCUCCUCAUUGCGCACACUUGUAAAUAUUUAUUUUAACUUAAUCCUAUCACAUAUUUCAAAUCAAGAUCAAAUGGUUCAAGGAGAACAAUUGAAUGACUUCCAAAAUGAGCUCCAGUCUUUGCCAUAUAUCUGUGUUUAUAACCCACAGACUAGUAUCAACUCAUCGGAAGAACUUCUCGAGGCCAUCAAUAAUCAGAGAUGGAGUCUUAUUGCUACUACACCCUCCGAAAAGUUGUUUUCAGUUCCCGAUCAAAAACAGAACAAUGUUUUGUCACCAGAAAGUUCACUUGGAACCCAUAAAGAUGAUAGAUCUGAUUUUAAAGAUAAUCUCUGUUUCAACGAAGACAUUUUAUUGGCUUGCAUUACCGGUGGCGCAGGUAGACCAUUAGUUCUAGACAGACUGCUUACUUCUGGAUUGGAUCCAAAUAAAGUAACUGAACCCAAUUCAAAGUGGCCGUUGCUAGCUCUAGCAGUUUCUUUGGGUCGCUUACACGCUGCUCAAGCUCUUCUUGAUGCAGGUGCUAAGCCUAAUUGCGUUGAACCGAAUUGUCGGCAACGUUCAGCUCUUGGUUUGGCAAUAGCAGCAGGAGAUGUCGAUAUGGCUAACAUGCUUAUAUUGUCUGGUGCAAAUUUCUACGAGGUGGAACCAGGGACAACUGCUCUCGCUCUUAUCAUGCGGUUGUUAAAUGCUCACGUGUCUGCACAACCAAAUACCAAAACAAACUAUGGACAACUAAAUAAAUCUUAUCUUGCUCUGACAGAACUUCAAGAUAAACUACAAAGUCCAGAUAAUCACUAUCCUCCUGUUCCUCCGCCUUGUCCUCCUAACGGACUUGACGUUUACAGUUUACCUAAACCGUACAUUUUCAAUGCUCUCAUAAACUCGAGUUUUGGAAAUCAUUAUAGUUCUGAUCAGUCAAGCAAUACAGAUUUCAAUAAUUCUAAAUCAGGGAAUAUUUUACCCUCCGUAGAUAGUUUAUGCAGACUUCACGAACUUGUUGUCGCUCAUCAUGCUCGUCUGUCGUUAGGUGUCACUAAUUUAGUUCGAAAUUGGCUUACUCGAGCUGAUCUUGUUCAAGUUGGAUUAGUUUCACCAUGUCAGUGGAUAAAUAUACGUGAGUGUUCUGCUACAAUAAAAUUUUCAUGGCCAAACAAAUUUACUAAACCGAAGUCAGAAUCAUCUCGUGUAGUGGCACCGAUUUUGUUUUUAGUUCAUGGUCGGAUAACACCUCCUGCUUGUUAUGAUGUUUGGAUGGAUGAUGAUGGUCCUUGUGUUAUAGAACGUGUUUGUCUCGAUCAAAUGUACACACAGAGACCAUUAAAUCGUAUGCUUUUUGUAACUACAUUAUAUCCACUUGACUGGAAAUCAUCGAAACCUCGAGAGCAUGAAGUUUUAAUCGAAUUUAAACAGGAUCAUAUUUUAUGCGGGUAUUCUACACGUCCAACAUGCAUAGCAAUUAUGAUUGUUGCUGUUGCUCUAUCCCAUAAUAAUAUUAAGGAAGGAGUAUCACAACGGAAUGGGAAUUCAAACACAGUUCAAUCUUCACGUUCAGUUUCGAGUAAUAAUAAUAAUAAUAAUAGUAAUAAGACAACUUAAAAGCAAUCAAAAUUCAUUUGUAUAUGCACCAUCUUUAGUCGAUUAAUUAAUCAGCAUAGGAUGUUCUAUUUCUUUUCCUUCUGGGGAAAUUAUUUCAGCCAACUAGUCAGGUAGUAGAAUACAUAGUACAUAUUAUCUUUGAGCAACCAUAUGUAGUAUUAAAAAUAAUUUUUACUGUGAUCGUGUAACAGUUUCAACUGAAACUAAUUUUUAUCAAUUGGGUCAUAUUACCAAUGAGCUUUCAGAUAAUAUACACGUUAUUCCUAGGCAUCAUUUAUCAUAUUCUUGUAUUUUAUCAUAUUAGGGAUUUAUCAAGAAUUAAUUUCUAAUACUGCUUGUUGUAUUUAUCACUGCUGUUAUACUACCUAAAAAUACGAUUAUCAGAUACCAAGUAUUAUAGUCCUGCGUAUGUAAAUGAGCGCUUAUCUACCGUUGUUGUAUGACUAUUCGUAUCUUCGUAUGAAUUGACUCUAAAUUUCUCUCACUGAAUAAUUGUUUCUAUUAUUAUUAUUAUUAUUAUUAUUAUUAUUCAUCCUUUAAUUCAUCAUACUCAGAAGAAAAGAUAAGACAAAUACUUAGUUCUAAGUGGAUUUCAUUCAUCUGAAGAGAAGAAAUAUUCCUUGCUAUUAGUCUUGUUAUUAUUGUAAUGAAAUAGUUUAUUUAAUAUUUAUUUAUUUACUUAUUUGCAUGCGAAACCCUAGCUAACUCACCUUUUACCUUUAUUCUCUGUUACUUACAGGAAUGAUUGUUGUUUGUUAAUAUUAUUAUUAUUAUUUUUGAUAAACUGUCCUUCAUUUCUAUCCUGUAAUUGAUUCUAUAAUAUAUACAAAAAUCUUACACAAUUUAAAAUGAU